CAACACCAGAAAAAAAAAGAAGGGAGGGACACUGAGAAAAAGACGUCAAAAUGAAAAGACGUCAAAAUGACUUCGGUAAUCUGAAGCAAAGACAUGAAUUCUGUCACUCCAGGAAUUGAACACCCUCCAGUAAGAGAAACACACCCUGUAAUAGAGUGUAUAUUUAAUGAUGACCUUGAGAAGCUUAAAACAUUACUGAAGAACAGUGAUGUUAAUGAACUUUAUCACUGUAAAGACUGGGAUGAUGAUAUAACCCCACUGAUUGCUGCUGUUGCAAAGCACAACAAACCUAUAUCUUUUGACCUUUUAAUUAAUGGUGCGGACCCAAAUAUAACUUCUAAACACCACUUCACACCUUUGCAUUAUUUCUCCCUGACCAACACACUUGAUUUUGUGGAGAAACUCCUGGAAGCAAAUUCUCAUCCAGAUGGAUCUACUCCAAUGCAACCACAUAAACACACAUCAGUGCAAACUGAUGAUAUUAGAGACAAAGAGGAUGUCAUGCAAAGACUCAUUUCUGCUGGUGCACGGGUCACAUUGCUGCCCAAGAAUGAUGCUGAGUGUGUUAGUAACAAUAAUAAAAAGUCUCAGAUGAUUGCAUCAAAUGGAGAUGAGGCAUUUUCCAAGAUCAGAGAUUUUAUUGAUGUGGAAACUGCUGCUUUUAAAACACCUGAAGAAGUGUUUACAACUGAUAACAAUAAGAUGCUGUUAGAGAAUCCAGAGUCACAUUUGACCAUAUAUGAAAUUCUCUUUACUGGGAGAGGAAAAGAAAAACAUGGCCAGAGAUGUAUUACAUGGCUAAAGGAAACUGGAAAUGUGAAUACUUACAUUGCAGGUGCAGCCAGUCGUUUUCCAAACAUCCCUAAGACACAUGUAAGGCUGGCAGUUGAAAGUUUAAAUGCAGUUUUCUGUACAAUGGAUGACAUAACAAAUGAGCAUGCAGUAGCUAUAGUUCCACAAUUACUGAACCUGCUUGACUCACAAGACAGUGGUGUUUGUGAAGCAGUGCUACAAACACUCUAUGUGAUAACACAGAAAACAAAAGGCACAAAGAGCUGGGACUUUUUAGAGAACUUAUGCAGAACAGUUGCCCCUUUUGUAAAUGAGAAGCACCCCACUAACAUCAGGGUCUACACAUAUAGCAUAGUCGCAAAUCUGAUGUCAGUUGAACAGGCAGCUAAAAUUUUUACAUCAGAGGUUGUAACUUCCGUGCCCAAGGACAUACUGACAUCAGCUGAAAUGAAAAUGAAUCAAAAGCUGAAAGAAGUACUGAAAAGUCUGAAAAAUUAUUUGAGCAAACCAAACUCAGAAUGUGAGGGAAAUGCAGCAUUGUCUGUGGCCAGGAAUAUGAAGGAAAUGCCGGAAUCAGCUUCAGAUGAAAUGCCUUUCAACCAACAAGAGUUUCGCAGGACACCAGUCAGCAAGAGGUGGAAGAAGCCCCUGGAUAAACUGGAGCAAGAAGUUCGCAAUGGGGAAAAAACAGUAAUCAGAAUCGGAAAAUGUUUUUAUGUGAAUAAUUCAAACUUUAAAAUAAUGAAAGAAAAGGGUACUGAAGUCUUCUUGGGACUGAGACAGGAUGGCACAGAAGUUACCAUUAAGAAAAUGUCUAAAAGCAACAGUGGCAAUCUGAAGAGUGAAAAAGAAAUCCUACAACUCCCUAAACUCGAUCAUCCUUAUAUCAUACGAUAUGUUGAUGUUGAAGAGGACAAGAAAUUUGAAUAUCUUUGUCUGCAACUUUGUGAAUACACCUUGGAUAGCUAUAUCAACAUAAUUAAUAAAGACAGUGGGAAAGAUUUCCUUUUACAGAGACUCGUCAAACAACUUCUUGAAAGUCUAAAGGUGCUUCACUCUCACGAUCCUCCAAUUCUCCACAAAAAUCUCAUACCCGAGAACAUUUUGAUUGAUGUUAUUGGGAGGGUAAGAUUAGCUGGUUUUGGCAUAAGCAGCCAGAAACAAGACUCAUACACGUCAAGCAGUGAAAUAAAGCUGGCAGGUAUGCUGAUUUCUCAUAUCCUCUCUGGAGCCCGGCGUAAAUUUAAAACUGAAAUCAGAAAAUGUAAGGACAAUUUGAACCAUAUUAACGAUGUGGUGGCAAAGGGUCUCAUAGAGUGGAUGAUCAACAAAGAGCCAAACGACAGACCCAAAGCAGAAGAAUGCUUGGACCAUCCCUUCUUCUGGACUAAGAACGAGAAAUUUGAAUACCUGCGAUGGACUGCUAACAGGAACGAAGUGAAAAACUGUCGGUUACAAGAAGGAUGUCCUGGACUUCAAUCCCUUAAAGACUGGAAAAAAAAAGUUUUCACCCACUAUUGUUACAGAGAUGGACAAUUAUAGUCGUGAAAUACCUCCCAAACCCAAACCAUACCCUGAAACUGUAUUUGGACUGCUCCUUUUUAUACGUAAUCUCCAUGAGCAUUAUCCACAUUACGCAAAGGACUGUGAUGCAGUGAACAAAUUUCCCGAUCUCUUUGGUUGCGUUUACAAGUAUGCCGAGGACCAUCACUGGAAUUCAAAGCCACCUUUGAAAGAAAUGUUUCAAAGAAAAAAAGACAAAGUGGACUUUAGCACCUGUGUUGUGAUGCCGUCUAUGAGCACUGAGGAGUGAGCAGUCUCAACCUACUAAAAUGAAAAUGAAAUGAAAGUUGAAUUCAGAAUGAAGGAUCUCUCAGUGGCUGUGGAGCUUGAGAGAAGUAAUAAAAAUAUGUAAAUAUAAGUAUUAUUGUAUGGCACUCAUCUUACUUCAGCAUCUUUUACUUUGUCAGGUUGUAUACUUUCAAAGACUUCUUUUAGUUUUGUUUUGCUACUUGUUAACUCCCAAUUGAAUGAAGAUAAGUAGAAACAAUGGAGGUUCAGGAUGAAGAAUCUCAUAAAUGACUACAGACUAACAUACUGCCAGUGAAAAACAAGAAAAGCAGUUAGUAGCUUUAGAACGACAGAUAAAAAUAAACCAUAAGAUGCAGGCUGUGUUCAUCUCAGGCAUGUACAAGCAUGACCCUGAAACUAUACCUAAAUUGAUUUAAGCUAAAUUUAAGUUCAAUGUAUUUGAGCCACAAUGUAUGAUUUGUGUCUGUUACUGUGCCUUGUAUGAAAUAAUAAUUAUAUUACCUUUUUUUGCCAAAGUCUCACAGAAUUAUAUUAGAAAAUAAUUUUUUUGUGAAAUUGCAUACUUUUUAUGUAGUUAAUCUAGCAUGAUACAACCUUUAUUUUGCUGUAUUUGUUUAUUCAGUUAAUUUUGAAGCCUAAUUCUACAUCACGAAAUGAAAAGAAGAGAAAGAAUAGAUAUAAAUGAAAUCCUUUUGAUCUCUUUCAUAAAAAUUUAACUUAGAAAAAGUAGCAUCUGAUUAUUCCACUAGUUUUUUUUAACUUUCCACUUCCUGUUGUAGGCUUACAGAGCUUAUGAAUAAAAUAGUAUGCACAUGCAUUUUGUUAUGUAAAAUUUUCAUUAUAUGAUCCAAAUUGUACAAACAUUCCUAUCACACAAGUCUUUAUACUUAAUUUUAAGAUCCACAAACAGAUGUGGUAGAUAUUAUGUUGGAUUUCAUAAAAUGCCAAGCUUCUGAGACUUUCUUUUUAAAAAAAAAAAAAAAAAAAACAACUUUAAAAAUGUAAUGAAUUGUGCAUGUUUUACUGGUCGAUUCUUA